GUAACCCAACAGCAGGUUCUCAAAUUCCCAAAACCCUCGCCAUUCAAGAUGGAGAGCUACUAAUAUAGUUUACACAGAAGAGCUUGGGAAUAUCAUGGCGCCGUCAGACACAGAGUUCGGGAUGAAGGGCGUCCUUAAGGAAUGGAGUGGGCAAAUCCAACCGGCCCUCGUCGCUUCGUUCGUCUUCCUCUGCUGUGUGGAGGCUUGUUUUUGGGUCAGGAAUCUCACUCUGAAAAAGAGGCUUCCCGGGCCGUUCGCUUGGCCUUUAGUGGGCAACGCCAUGCAACUCGGACGAAUGCCUCACAUCACCUUCUCAAACUUGGCGAAGAAGUACGGAAACGUGUACCAGAUCCGACUGGGAAGCAGCGACAUCGUGGUUCUGAACGGAGACGUGGCGAUACGGGAGGCGUUGCUUCAACACAGCACUGAGUUCGCCGGACGGCCCAAUUUCGUGUCUUUCCAGUCGGUUUCGGGCGGGACUAGCAUGACGUUCACUAGCUACAGCAAACAAUGGAAGAUGCACCGUAAGAUCGCGCAGUCCACCAUUCGUGCCUUUUCUUCUGCGAACAGCCAAACGAAAAAGUCCUUCGAGAAGCACAUCGCAGCGGAGGCCGAGGACAUGAUCGAAACGUUCCUGAGCUUGAGCUCAAACGAGCGAUACUUCAAUCCGUCUCAUGAACUCACAGUCGCGGCGGCUAACGUCAUCUGCGCUCUUUGCUUUGGGAAACGCUACGGACACGACGACCAAGAGUUCAGGACUCUUUUGGGGAAAGUGAGCAAGUUUGGAGAAACCGUAGGAGCUGGAAGUCUAGUGGACGUAAUGCCGUGGUUGCAGGCUUUUCCCAACCCAGUCAGGAGUGUUUUCCAGAGCUUCAAAACCCUUAACGACGACUUCUUCGCGUUUGUUAAAGGGAAAGUGGUGGAGCACCGGGAAAGCUACGAUCCUGAGAUCACGAGAGACAUGAGUGACGCUUUCAUUGGCGUGAUUGAUCAUGCAGACACGGAAACGGGUUUGACCGAAGCUCACACUGAAGGAACGGUUUCUGAUCUCAUCGGAGCCGGACUAGACACGGUUUCUACCGCCUUGAACUGGAUGCUUCUACUACUGGUCAAACACCCAUCAAUCCAAAGCAAACUCCAAGAGCAGAUUGAUAAAGUAGUGGGUCGUGAUAGACUGCCUUCAAUAGAAGACAGGAGCAACCUCGCAUACCUGGACGCUUUCAUCUACGAAACCAUGCGCUUCACGAGCUUCGUCCCCGUCACCAUCCCACACUCCACCACCUCAGACGUCUCCAUCGAAGGCCUCCACAUCCCGAAAGACACCGUGGUGUUCAUCAACCAGUGGUCCGUCAACCACGACCCUCAGAAGUGGAGCGAUCCUCACGUCUUCAACCCGGCGAGAUUCCUGGACGAGAGCGGAGCGCUGGAUAAAGACCUGACCAACAGCGUGAUGAUCUUCUCCAUCGGGAAGAGGAGAUGCAUUGGAGACCAGAUCGCAAAAGUGGAGGUUUUCCUGAUCGCUGCCAUGUUGCUCCACCGACUGACUUUCACGAGCGACCCAUCACAGGACUUGAGUUUAAACUGCUCUUAUGGUUUAACACUGAAGCCAUUUGAUUAUAAAAUCUCAGCCAGAUUCAGAGGACGCGCAUUCAGUGGAGCAUAAAUGAGUGUGUGUGCUUUUCAAACCCACAGUCUCUGAUAUAAUACAUGCAGAAUCAGGUUUGUGCUUCAUAUUUAACAUGUUCUAAAAGCAAUUUUAGAU